AUGCCCCCGCCCUCACCACCAGAAGCCCAAGACACGUCCAGCGACGCAGACCUAGACGGUCGCCAAGAUGUCGAAGAAGAAGAAGAGCAGGAUGCCUCCGCCGCCGACGACGACGAAACACUUGGCGACGACCUAAUCGGCCUCGAAGGCGAUGAAGAAGACCAAGAAGAAGACGACGAAGGCGACGAAGAACUCGGUUCAGAAGAUGGUCUCGCAUCCCCAAACCUCCCCUCAGAUAGUCUACCCAACCUCGAUCCCCCACCACCUUACCUCCGCGAAAUCUCCACCCUGGCAUCCUGGACCGUCUCUUCUUCUAAACCAGGCUGUUCAAUUCCCCAACUGCGGCAUCUGAAUACGAACCUCUUCUGGCAAUCCGAUGGACCACAGCCUCAUUAUCUCAACAUCCACUUCUUCAAACUCGUCCGUGUUGUGGGAUUGAGACUGUAUCUCGACUUUGAACAAGACGAGAGUUAUACGCCUACGAAGAUCAUCUUCCUCGCUGGCAGCGGGCUGAACGACCUCCAGGAAUGGGGCGAGAUGCGAUUGGAGAGUCCGCGGGGAUGGAUCUGGGCUGAUUUCUCGGGGGUAGGAGAUCCGGAUAGUGAUGAUGAGGGUGGUGACGACGACGAUGAAGAAGGUGAUGGAGGGAACGCAGGCGAACGGCCACAACGUCUCCUCACAGACGCCUUGCACCUUAACGGCGGGAGGAGAGGCAACGACGCAUCUUCUGAUUCUGAAAACGCGGCGCCGGGCCAGGGAGCCGAUCUGGAUAUGCAAACUCCAGGACAGCAAGACACGCCUAUACCUCCCUAUCCAUCAUACGACACCCCCCAACCCACCCAACAGUCACAACCCCCUCCACCAGGCACCCGCACCCGCACCCGCCGCGCAAACCUCCACCCAAACCCCACCGUCACACCAACCCAAAACCACCCCCCAUCCACGCCCAUCCCCCCUCAAACACAACCACAAACACUCCCUCGUCCCCACCCCCGCGCCCCUUUCGCAUCCCUCUCACCCAACCCCGCUCCCCGCCCCGCUCCCUCCAAUACUUUCUCAACGCCAAAGUUACCAGUGCUACGAGCGCAUCUGGUUCAAAUCAAGAUAUUGGAGAACCAUCAGAAUGGAAAGGAUACGCAUUUGCGCGGCUUGCAAAUCUUCGCUCGCAACGACGAAGACGGGUUUAAGGGGAGUGGUGGUGGUGGGCAGGGACACAAGGGCGUGACGGCGAGGAUAGAAGGAAGUGGGGCGGGAGGGAUGAGGGAGGUGGUGAGGAGGGAGAAGAAGGAGAGGAGGAGGAGGGAGGAGGUUUUGGAGUUGGGUGGGGGGGUUAUGGGGAUGGGGAUGAGUAUGGGUGGAGGAGGGAUAGGGGGUAUUAGAUGA